GCCGAAAACCAGCGAGGGCGAGGUGGAGGAGAUCUUCAAGCAGCUGGACAAGAACGGCGACGGCCGCGUCAGCUUCAACGAGCUGGUGGCCUGGGUCUUCUCGGCCGAGGGCCCGGAUGCGGAAGAGAGUGAGCGGCUCUUCAGCGACCGGCAGAAGAGCCGCCGGGGGAGCGCGCCCUGA